UAUGGUGGUUUUGAGCGGCGGCAGUGUCGCUGUGUUGUUUGUGAGUGAAGCCCUUCUGUGUUUGAACUGAAGCUCUGAACAAACAGAAGAGAGCAGAGAUGGACCGCUAACACCUGAGUUACCGCUGAAGCGACCACAGCUCCGCCAUUACCCCUCUGUUAGCUCAAAUAUCCACCAGCUUUAGCCGGCCGGCUAGGCUAGCUGAGUGCUGUGAGGCUGAGAUCGGCUCUGGAGAGAUGGAGGCUGCUUUAGACCCUCAGGAUGUUGAAAGAGCAAGGACAUUCUGGGCCGAGGAGAACAUAGAUCAGGUUUUUACUGGGGUGUUCGAGUACCUGGGUCACCUGAAGAGAGCGCUGAAGAAGAACACGGCCACAGAUCGAGAGUACGUCCAGGCGCUGAAGCUCCUCGAGGCCCUCGACUGCUCUCCUCCCACCUCCUCACAGGACUCUUCUGUGGUUCAGGUGGUCAUCGGCUCAGUUUCCUCCUGUCCAGGUGAGCUCCUCCCCGCUGACUUCUGCCCCUCCCCCUCCUCCUCCUCCUCCUCCUCCUCCUCCUCCCCUUCUCCCUCUAAUGGGCCUCUCAGCUCAUCAGCGCCCCCUGCAGGUGGAGACGAGCUGCUGCCUCCGUUGACUCCGGUGGCUCUGCAGUACGAGCCUCACACCUGCUGCAAGGCCUGUCUGACCUCCGUGCCUCAUUCAGAGACCGCCAUCUGGGGUCAGAACCCACUGAAGGUCCCACUGCUCUGCGGCUUUAAAAGGCUUAGCGCCCAGCCACUGACAUCCUCGCCAAGGGAUGAGGACAGUGAGGGGGCGGAGCCUGUGGUUUCUGAGGACUGGGAUGUUCUUUAUAAAGCUCCAUGUGGUCUGUGUCUGCGUAACCACGACGAUGUGAUGCAUUUCCUGCUGGCUACAGGGAGCUACGACCUCUUACAGGCCGACUUUUUCACCUUUAACCCAACGGUCAGGCUGGACCCUCCGGUGGCACCAGGUCCACAGCGACCUGAAGUCGACCUUAGUCGUGGGGCGGAGCCUACGCCGGUGGAGUUGUGCAUGGGUGAGGGCGGAGCCCGGCCGCCGGAGUUCCGUUACAGGAAGGAGCGCUGGCCACACGGCUGCUUCCUAAGCCGUGGCCCAACGCUCUUCAACACCUGCUGCGACUGCACUGAUGGCUGCAGCACUGCCAAGAACUGUGCCUGUGUCGCCAUGACAACAGGAGGAAGCCAUUACAACCACAACCGACUGGAGGAGCCUGUACCGACAGGCGUGUUCGAGUGCGGCCCCUGGUGCGGCUGUGACCGCGCACGCUGUCAGAACCGGCUGGUCCAGAGGGGGAUCAGAGUCCGCCUGCAGGUCUUCCAGACCGAGGGCCGGGGCUGGGGCGUCCGCUGCCGUGACGACCUGGACCGAGGCACGUUCGUUUGCAUAUACGCAGGUGUUAUCCUGCGGAGAGUCCACGCCCCCUCAGAGCCCCCGCCCCCAAAGCUGACGAGGGCGGACCUCCCCUCUGACGACGAGGUGGAGGUCGUCACCGAGUGGCUGGCUCCACCCGUACUGGAGGGACGGAGCAACCUGGUGGAAUCUACGCCCACCUCGCCACCCCUUCACGUCCCUGUGAUCCAGCGACCCGCCGACCCCCUGGGCUCCACACCGCGGGACAGAGAGGAAAUGGUUUUAGUCAGCAGGCCAGAGGCCACGCCCAUCACUCAAGAGAAGACGGUUACCAUGACAACAGGCUGUCCUAGAGAGGGCGUGAACGGUACGAAGACGAGCACGAAGAGUCUGAAGAGAGCGAUGAAGGGUGAGGAUGUGAACUUCCUGGACGCCAGCAAGGAGGGAAAUGUCAGCCGCUUUUUCAACCACAGUUGCCGACCGAACCUCUUCAUCCAGAACGUCUUCACCGACUCCCAUGACCCCGCCUUCCCCGUCAUCGCCUUUUUCACCAGCAGGGUGGUGAAGGCGGGCACCGAGCUCACCUGGGAUUACUCCUCAGACACAGACGGCGAACAGGAAGUGGCGUGUCUGUGUGGGAGCGAUGGCUGUCGAGGACGGUUCACCGUGGAGGAGAAUCUGUGUGAAAUGUGUGAACUUCAGGGUGAAACUCAGUGAUCCUCCUCCACGUUCACUUUACUGUAACAGACAUGACUUUAUGUUUUUCUACUGACGAGCUUCAAUAAACGGUCAAAACAA